CUUCAACUCUAAUCUUUUACUCUCUUACAUUUCUAUUCUAUUCUAAUCCUCCUUUAAUUUACACUCUUGUCAUUAUAUAAACCUUUUUUUAUUUAUUUUCUUAUUCCUGGAUCCGCUAGUCUAUUGGAUUACUAAUACUCUACAAUUGGUCACCUUCUCUCACGCUCUGUCGCAACUCUUCCCCAACAAAGGCGCGUACGCCAAGACGACAAGACCACAAAUAUAUAUCAGGGGGCCCAUAUUGGACCAUUGGUAUACCUGAAUGAGUCUCAACGCUGACAGAAUCGAAAAGAGCGGCAUCAUGAAUAUCAAUUUACCAAUUCGAUCAUCCCCAAGUCCCAGGAAUCAGGCUAGUAGGAACUAUUUUACUAAUUACACUCCGCCGGCAUCCACAGAAGCCGUCAAUGGUCCGGUGCGGGAGCCCGCUCGGGAGCUUCUAACUAUAAAUGACCGCCUCAUUGUCGGUGUCGACUUCGGUACCACGUUUUCUGGGGUAGCCGCAGUAUAUACAUCAACGCCGGAUGACGUUGAGAUCAUCAAGACGUGGCCCGGGGGGAACGGCAUCACAUCUGACAAAGUUCCUACUGAGAUUUCAUACGACUUCCCGCCCGAUGCGGCGGCGGGGACGAGGCCCAAUGUGAAAUGGGGUUUUCAGUUCAAGCCGGAGGAAUCGCGGUUACGAUGUAUUAAGCUCUUCCUCGACCGAUCUCAGAAACUACCAUUUUAUGUCAGCCCGCAGGAGACUGCCACGCUGCUAAAGAAGUAUAAUAAGACAGUUGUUGAUGCCGUCAGCGACUAUCUCACUGAGAUCUAUAAACACACCAUGGACACCCUUACUCGGCGAUACGGAGAAUCAUUUAUGGCAUCAACUAACGUAGAUUUCGUACUCACUUGCCCGGCUGUGUGGUCUGAUGCAGCGAAAAACACAACCUUACAGGCUGCUGAAAGGGCUGGAAUGGGCGUCAAGUCCGAGAUCCAGAUGGUCAGCGAGCCUGAAGCCGCUGCUGUCUAUACUCUGAAAGCUAUCCAGCCGAAUCACCUCAGCGUGGGAGAUAACUUCAUCGUAUGCGAUGCAGGUGGCGGGACAGUAGACUUGAUCGCAUAUAAAAUCAUAUCGUUAAAGCCGCUAAGGGUUGAAGAGUCGGCCGUUGGAACCGGUGGCCUUUGUGGAAGUGCAUUUCUAAACUACAGGUUCGAAGAGCACGUUCGAGGCCGGCUCGGUCAUAGUCGGUUCGAGGAGAUGAAACUAAAGAAAGCCAAAACUUGGCAGAUGGGCCUUCGAUACUUCGAGGAGUUCGUCAAGAGGAACUUCAAUGAAGAUGAAUAUCAAGAAGUCAAUGUUCCAUUCCCAGGUUUGCCCGACGAUGAAGAAGCGCGAGUGGAUUCGGGUUUCCUCGUUUUAACAGCCGAAGAGAUCAAGGACAUUUUCGAGCCGGUAGUCAAGGAAGUCUGCGACCUCGUCCAAGGCCAGGUAGAUGUUAUCCGUAGUAAGGGAGGAAUCGUUUCGGGAAUCAUAUUAGUCGGUGGUUUCGGUCAGAGCGACUACCUCUACCGACGGCUGAAGUCGCAUUUUACAAGCACAGCACCACCUCCAUACACAGAGCGACCAACACAUGCUACUACCAGCCUAGCAUACGAAGGGAACGGCAAUAUUGAAGUGAUGCAGCCCGUGUACGCUUGGACAGCAGUGGUCCGCGGAGCCGUACUACGUGGGCUCGAAGGAAAUAUGGUUAUUAGUAGGAAGGCUCGCAUGCACUACGGAACAUCCUACGCAACCGUCUACGAUGAAGAGAAACACAAUGUGAGCGAAAGAUACUGGAGUCCUUUAUGGGAACGGUGGAUGGUCAGCGACCGAAUGCAAUGGCAUAUCGCGAAGGGUGAGGCAAUAUCUCCCCUCUCGCCGAUCGCUUUUCACUACACACGUAACUUUCGACCAGGACAGUCGUUGGUGGUGACAGACGACUUGAUCGCGUGUGAAGCAGACGAACCGCCAGCAGCGUACUCACGAGACCUAAUAAAUGUCUGCACCCUGACAACGGAUCUAAGUGCGGUGCCGCGAAGCUUAUUUACGCGGCUUACGACGACACGGGGCGUCGAAUUUGACAACUUAGACUUUACGCUCGAAAUGAUUGUCGACAGCGCCGGUCUCGGGUUCGAACUCAAGGUCGAUGGUGUACGAUACGGGCGCGUUGAGGCAGAUUUUCACUAAACUCGCACAAAUUAUAAGAGCCUUGGCUCUUCAACUGCAUUAGAAAGCAAAGGACGAGGGCGGAACAGAUGAUUUUUGGAUAUAUCCGAACCGACAGGAUGAUAUGUUACGCCGCUAGGAGCUAAUAAUUAGUAGGCUCUCUUUGGGUUUAAAGAGGCGCUUCGGGUCGAGCCGAGGUUGCACUGCUUCGAUGAUGUAUGAGCUAGAAGGUUGAAUGUGCUGUAUGUGCCAUCGGUAUAUAGGGGACUCGAUUUGUUAGUAUAGAAUAUUGGUUCAUACAUACGAAGAAGAAGAAGAUGAUGAUGAAGA